GUGCAUACGUAUACGGAAGUGCUGUUGUAAACAAAAACGUACUACCAUUAGCGUUCUUUUCCAGAGCCAAAACAUUGAUAUAUCUCAUUGUCUGCUGUUUAUCCGAGUUUGUUCAUAGGUUGCAGUUGAGCGGGCUCAUUUAAUGAAGUGCCAGUUUAUUGCCACAGCAAGACAUUCUUUGGUGUUGUGGCCAACAAGAAACUACUGCAGCGAACAUGUCUCGAAAACAGACAGCCAAACCUGCGCGGAGCAAUAAAAAGAGUGAGCUGGAACGCAAGAGAGAUGAGCGAGCAGCACGCCGUGCCAUUGCAAAGGACCGCAAGAACCGACCUCAGGACAGCGAUGAAGGUGCAGAAUAUGUGAGCUUCUCCAAUCAGCUCCAGGCACUGGGGCUCAAACUGAGGGAGGUCCCUGGAGACGGGAACUGUCUGUUCAGAGCUCUCGGUGACCAGCUGGAGGGUCACUCUCGUGAUCACCUGCAUCUCCGACAGGAGACCGUUGAUUAUAUGAUGUCUCAUCGACACGAUUUUGAGCCCUUUGUUGAGGAUGACGUCCCUUUCGCACAGCACUUAUCAAACCUCUCCCAGCCUGGUACGUUUGCUGGCAAUGAUGCCAUUGUAGCUUUUGCUCGCAGUCAGCAGGUGAAAGUGGUCAUCCAUCAGCUCAACACACCGCUGUGGGAGAUAAAUGGUGCAGAGAAGCCAGUGUGCAGGGAGUUGCACAUUGCCUACCGCUACGGAGAUCAUUACGAUAGUGUGAGGCGGGUUGGAGACAACUCUGAGAGUCCUGCUCAGCUUCGCAUAGAGAACCUGGAGAAUUCACAAGGCCAUCAGCGUGAGUUUGGAGACGGCCAGAGGGACAGACAGAAAAAAACAUCUCCGACAGCAUGUGAGGAGGAAAACGUAAUCCUGAGCUCCAUCAAGAACCGAGGAAUCCAGGGUGACGAGGAGAACUUGCUCCAGCUGAGUGCAGCAACAAUCAAUGCAGAGUGGCUCGCUGGUUCUGUGCUUGGCCAGCCCUGCCAGGGCAGCUGCACGACAGGAUCCUGCUCAGUCUGCAGCGAGCGGAAGCAGCCAGCAGAGGGCAGCAAUGCACAGAAACCUAAGCUGUCCAACAAGCAGAAGAAAGAGCAGCAGCGGCAAGAAAAGAAAAAGCGGCAAGAGGAGAGGCACAGGCAAAGGUUUCUUCAGGGUAAAGGAGGCCAGGACCAGAACCAGAACCUGCAGGAUACUGUGACUUUAGUACCAGCUCUAAAUACUCUCAGUAUAUARACUGGGACAUGGCCAAAAAAAUAAGCCCUCUACUUCAGCUACCAAUKGCUGUUCAGUUUUGCACAGAGUGGAGUAAAUGAAUAUAUCACAAAGGAUAACUUUUCUUAAAGAGAACCCUAUAGUUUCUUUGCUAACAGUAUAACGGUGCCUGCAAACCUGCGCGAGUGACAAGUGUGGAAGUUGGAAAACGACGACAUGACGGAGCGUGACUAUCAGUGUUUCUGUUGGGUUUUUAAUCAAACUUCGUCCUUUAGUUUGCAUCUGUAAAAACAACCUCAGACCUGGUCUACCUUCUUCGCUGCCUUUUUUUCUUUUUUUAUUAAUUUAUUUUUCUGCAGGACGUCUGGCUUUUCAUGCAGUUAAUUCUGUGUAACAGGCUUUUUGAUUUGCCACAGAUCGGGUUGUUGUUCAUUCAGGUCGUCCUGUUUGUGAAUGAAAGAGGAAAAUUAUUAUAUCGCUCUCUGUUUAAGGAAUGUGGGAACACUUAAAAGUAAACAACUUAAUGUUUUUAUAGUGCAAGAUGAUGAGUGUAAGAUUUACAUUUAAACUUGUCUGUAAGUCUAAUUCAGUUUCCAGCUGUUUAUUUAUUUGUUUUCUCUUUCAGUUCCUGUCAAAUGUAGCAUCAUAACUCACCAAGUCUGAACUCGUGAGCAUUUGGUCCACAGAUAUCUAACGACACAAAGUAUUUGUAUAUGCCAUUAAAUUAACAGAACGUUUUAUUUGUGCUGCAGGCUUCAGAUAGUGCCAAAUAAUACAAUUUUUAG